AUGCAUAAUACUCAUUGUUGGACGGCAGAAGAUUUCCCACCGGUUGAACCAAGUGAGGAUCAUAUAGUAUUAUAUAGAAUACACAAUGGGGAGUACAUUCCAAAUAUCGGAGAAGAUAAAUGGGACAAGGACCAUGUGAAAAUGCCAUGUUCUGAUAGAAAUAUUAGCAAGGAGAUGAAUGAAACUAAACAAUGGGACGUCAUAGCAAAAGCUUUGUCUCAAAAAAUAAAAAAUUCCGAGGAUUUAGCAUCCGCGAUACUCACUUAUCAGACACAGUUCAAGGAUAUUUGGAAGUUUAAAGCUAUGCACAGGUUUUUUAACGAGUAUUGGGAUAAAAAGGACAGUGAAUAUUUCUUCGAGAACACAUUACCUAAAGUUGCGCGUUUAGCUUUAGAUUUACCGGAGUUAAUCAAAUCGCCUAUACCGUUACUCAAACAAGGAUGUAACAAAUCGAUAUCGUUUACGCAGUUGCAACUUGCUAGUUUGCUCGCAAACGCAUUCUUUUGUACAUUUCCUGAAAGGAAUAAUAAGAGAAAGGAUUCAGAAUACAAAACAUAUCCUCCGGUAAAUUUUAACGUAUUAUACGACGGCGGUGGACCAAAAGUAAUGGAGAAAUUUAAAUUUAUCUGUCAUUAUUUUAAAAGAGUUUGCGAAGUAAAUCCAACCGGAGUUGUAACAUUUUCUCGUCGCUACAUUCCUAUAGACAAAUGUCCCGAUUGGUCACGCGUUACCCUUCCCAUGUCAACAGUGCCCCUUCAUGUAGACGAUAGCAAACUUAUUGAAGACGCCACAUACUGGAUACAAAUGGAUUUCGCCAAUAAGUAUAUAGGUGGCGGCGUUCUUCGUCGUGGGGCUGUACAAGAGGAAAUUAGGUUUGUAUCGAACCCUGAACUCAUGGUGUCAUUAUUGUUCACUGAGGUCUUGGGACCCACUGAAGCCGUCAUGAUUAUAGGUACAGAACGUUAUAGUACGCACACUGGUUAUAGCUCCACUAUCAAAUGGGCUGGAAAUUAUAUAGAUGAGACCCCCACAGACUCGUCUGCCAGACGGCAGUGUGCGAUAUUAGCGUUGGACGCUAGAAGAUUCCCUAAACCUGACGAACAGUAUUGUAAGGAAAUGAUAGACAGAGAAUUGAAUAAGGCAUAUGUUGGAUUUUCAUUUUAUUCAAAGGCCGGAGGAUUGAGUUACCCCGGAGUAGCAACUGGCAACUGGGGUUGUGGGGCUUUUGGUGGUUCGGCAAAACUGAAAUCUCUAUUACAAAUCAUGGCCUGUGUUAAAGCCGGCAGAUCAAUUUCAUAUUUUACAUUUAAUGAUGCAACAUUAAAAAAUAAUAUAGAACAUAUGUAUGAGUAUCUUAGAACAAAUAAUGUGACAGUUGGUGAUCUAUAUAAAUGCUUGAUGGAUUUCUGUGAAUCUGAGGAUCAUGUUAGUGUAUUUGUUAACUUAUAUGAAAACAUAGAGAACUAUUUCAAGGAACAAACAAGUCUGGAUGGCAAUCUACCGAAGAGAUAA